CAUUGGUUGCAUAGAGUUACACACUGUUUAACCCCGCUCUAUAUAUAGAGAGCUCGACUCCUAGAUGAUUGUGAAGAUUCGUGAAGAACAUAGAACAACACAAGUAGUUGUUGUUGUGAGUCUGUUUUUCUUGUGAAAAUCGACAUAGUUUAAGGAUUGUUGGUGGUGGUAUAUUUUGAGAGAAAAGCACGAUGGGCAGCGGUAAUAACAUAUCAUGCCCUGCACCCAUGAAGGCCACGUCCAACGGAGUGUUCCAACAUGAAAACCCUCUGGAUUAUGCUCUUCCUCUGUUAAUCCUCCAAAUAUGUUUGGUCGUUACUUUUACCAGAUUUCUUGCAUUCCUCUUCAGACCCCUCAGACAACCCAGAGUCAUUGCUGAAAUCAUAGGAGGAAUACUACUUGGGCCAUCUGCAAUUGGGCGAAACGAGAAGUUUCUGAAUGCGGUUUUUCCAGCGAAAAGCAUCACAGUUCUUGACACACUGGCCAACAUAGGUCUUUUGUUCUUUUUGUUUCUCGUGGGACAUGAGCUUGACAUGCGUGCAAUUCGACGUACUGGUCACAAGGCCUUAGGCAUUGCCCUCUGUGGGAUCACUGUGCCUUUUGUUCUUGGGAUUGGCACUUCCAUUGCUCUUCGAGCCACUGUAUCCAAAGAUGCUGAGCUAUUUCCUUUUCUAGUCUUUAUGGGUGUUGCUCUCUCGAUCACCGCCUUCCCUGUCCUUGCGAGGAUCCUGGCGGAGCUUAAACUCCUAACCACUGAUGUUGGUCGCAUUGCAAUGUCUGCUGCUGCUGUCAAUGAUGUUGCAGCUUGGAUUCUUCUUGCUCUUGCCAUAGCCCUUUCUGGUUCUCAUGCAUCCCCCUUUGUUCCUCUUUGGGUAUUGCUCUGUGGUGCUGCUUUUGUCAUCUUUGUUGUCUUUGCCAUUAGGCCGUUGCUUGUGGCUAUGGCUAACCGUUCCCUGGAGGGUGAGCCAGUGAAGGAGGUCUACAUAUGCAUCACAUUGACUUUGGUUUUGGCUUGUAGUUUUGUCACUGAUACUAUUGGAAUUCAUUCACUCUUUGGGGCUUUUGUGGUUGGUACUGUUAUGCCCAAAGAAGGUUCCUUUGCUGGGGUGUUGACUGAAAGGAUAGAAGACUUGGUUUCUGGCCUUUUCAUGCCACUAUAUUUUGUGUCAAGUGGCUUGAAGACUAAUGUAGCAACAAUUAAGGGAGGUCUUUCUUGGGCAAUGCUAAUGCUUGUUAUAUUCAACGCUUGCUUUGGGAAGAUUAUUGGCACUACUGUUGUUUCAUUACUGUUUAAGGUGCCUUCCAGAGAAGCGCUGGCUCUUGGAUUUCUCAUGAACACAAAGGGCUUGGUAGAACUCAUUGUUCUCAACAUUGGGAGGGACCUUAAGGUGCUGAAUGACCAAGCAUUUGCCAUUUGUGUUGUCAUGGCACUGUUCACCACCUUCAUCACCACCCCAAUAGUCAUGGCUAUAUAUAAACCAGCUCGCAGAGGAGCACCUUACAAGCACAAAACAAUUCAACGAGAUCCCGACACUGAGCUUCGAUUGCUAGCUUGCUUCCACAACACCCGUAACAUUCCCUCGCUGAUCAAUCUAAUAGAGUGUUCCCGUGGAACUGGAAGGAAAGGAAAGCUUUGUAUCUAUGCAACGCAUUUGAUGGAGCUUUCGGAGCGAUCUUCGGCAAUCACAAUGGUUCACAAAGCACACAAAAAUGGCAUGCCCUUUUGUAACAAGAAGCGGGAUGGCAAAGAUCAAAUGAUCAUAGCUUUUCAGGCAUAUGAGAAAUUGAGCAGUGUGAGUGUGCGACCCAUGACAGUCAUUUCUGGUCUCAAUAGCAUCCACGAGGAUAUUUGUACUACUGCUCACAGAAAGCGUGCAGCCAUGAUCAUCCUUCCAUUCCACAAACACCAACGUGUGGAUGGAUCGAUGGAGUCACUGGGACAUUCAUUCCAAGAGAUGAAUCAACUUGUGCUAUGUCAUGCUCCUUGCUCUGUGGGAAUUUUUGUUGAUCGAGGUCUUGGAGGGACGAGCCAAGUCCAAGCCAGUGAUGUGUCUUAUAAGAUAGUGGUACCCUUCUUUGGAGGGCGUGAUGAUCGUGAAGCUCUUUGUUAUGGAAUGAGAAUGGCUGAGCACCCGGGUAUUUUUCUCACUGUGCUUAAGUUUGUAAGUCCACCAGGGACAUCAUUGGCGUUCGGUGUUGAGGUGUCAUCAAAGAAAUAUAGGAAAACAAUGGAUAUGGUUGAUGUCAAUGAUUAUGAUGAUAAAGAUGAUGAAUUGUGGAGUGAGUUUUUAAGUGCAUGCAACAACAACACCAAAGAGACAAUGAAGUAUGAGGAAAAGCUAGUGGAAAGCAAAGCAGAUAUUGAGACAGCAUUGAAGGAAAUGCAUAGAUGCAACCUAAUAUUGGUUGGUAGAAUGCCACCAGUGGCACCUUUGGGUAGCAAGAGUGACUGUCCAGAGCUUGGACCUGUUGGAAGCUUUGUUGCUUCUUCAGAUUUUUCCACUGUCACGUCAGUUAUGGUAAUUCAGCAAUACAAUCCCUCAACUGACGUUCAUCCCUUGGUGAUGGAGGAAUUUGAUUCCCCAGAUAUAUGUCAGAUUCACCAGGGAGUUAAUAAUGCAGUAUAAAGUUAUACAUACUUGUGAACUUUUUAUAUGUUACAAAUGAGUUAGAUGCUCAUAAUCAACUUUUAUCCUUUUAGAUUAAUGAUGUUUUGGAUGUUUUACUAUAACAAAACUAGCAGUAUCGUUUUGGAAUAUUA